GCUAUACUGACAGUUUUGUAGCGCUCGUCUCCGGAGAGAAAUCGAAGUACGUAUAUCUCCAGCCCCCGAGGCUGAUUCCCUCUCUACACGAACGCCGCAAUAUCGCUAUGCCCACUGUCGAAGUCGUCCGCCACGCCUGCAAAUUGGAUAAAAUGGGCCGUCUCAACCGCGUUCUUCCCCUGGUGGAUGCGGGAUGUCGAUAUAGCAUUUGGGAUGAAGAAUUGUUGCGUAUAGGUGGCGGGCGACUGCGCUUCCAGUACAUCAUCCGUUUGUUGAACACAAACGUCGAUGGCAAGCAGAAGGUCAUGUACGCCUUGACCAAGAUCAAGGGUGUCGGCCGCCGAUACUCCAACUUGGUCUGCAAGAAGGCCGAUGUCGACCUUACCAAGCGCGCUGGUGACCUCACCUCUGAGGAGCUCGAGCGCAUCGUUACCAUCAUCCAGAACCCCCUGCAGUACAAGAUCCCCGCCUGGUUCCUGAACAGGCAGCGCGACAUCGUCGACGGCAAGAACAGCCAGAUCCUGGCCAAUGGCGUUGACAGCAAGCUCCGUGACGACUUGGAGCGCCUGAAGAAGAUCCGCGCUCACCGUGGUCUGCGACACUACUGGGGCCUCCGUGUCCGUGGUCAGCACUCCAAGACAACCGGUCGCCGCGGUCGCACUGUCGGUGUCUCCAAGAAGAAGGGAUAAAUGUAUCGCUGGCGCUGGGCAGCUUGGGAGCUUGUGUGGUGCGGAAAAACAGGGCUUCCGGGGUUGGGUGGUGCACUUAUGGUGUUUAUCUGGGGGCAUUGAUUGGCUUUCACGCUUUUACCACAUGCGGCUCUCUGCACGGAACUGGUAGGGCAUGGCAAUGAAGGAUUCCAGGCCAAUGCAAAGGGGGUCGGCCAUAUACAGCCUGUACCAAAAAUCACACAAUAUGAUCCCAAGUCAUUUUCCGAUC